AUGUCACUCAGCACGGCCUUGCGUCCUGUAGGACUGCCAUUCGGGGCGGGCGCGAACCGAGAACACCACCAGGGCGACCACCAGCAGACGCGGCCCUUUCAACAUGAAGUGGACUACCUUACUCUGCAUCGGACCCUCAUACGAUUCCAGCACCUCAUCCUCCUCACUCCUUCUGCUUCCGAUGAUGGCAGUCUGAAUGCCCUGCAGAGCCAGGUCCAGGCCGAACUGUGGUCACCACUUCCCUACCAGCGCAAUAAAUGGCUACAUAAUAUCGAAGGAGCACGAACGUUACUUUUACAGCUGGAACGACGGGCACAGAGUAUUCGGGUGCAAAGAGCAAAGUACGAAGCCGUCAAGGAUCUGGCGGGAAAGAGGGCUAUUAUUAAGAGACUGAGAAAUCGAAUCGAGGAGAUCGGACGUGAGGCGGAGGCGACGGACUCGAAGGAACACAGGCAGCCCGCGAGCGAUGAGAGUGGCGAAACCAUAUACGAUGUGUUACGGCAGCAGUUUCCCUCGGCCGACGCUGAUAUCACUCACUCGCAGACUGAACAAGACAAUACUUUGAAGGAGGGUCGACCGGUGACUCAGGUGGGAGAAGACACUCCUACUAACGGCGUAACCGAGACCGAGGCUACGCGAGAAGAGCUGUUUCCAUCUUCAGAUCUCAGGCAUAGAGGGAAGACCGGACCAGGGAAACCCCCCAGAUCAGUUGCGCAGACGAGUGGCUUUUCGAACCUCCAGUCUACGGAGCGUACAUUACUGGAUUCGUCUCGAGUGCAUGAAGACAUCACAACCUCUUUAGUUCGAAUGGCGGCCCAGCUGAAGCAGCAAAGCAGGGCGAUGCAUUUUUCCUUGGAACAGGACAAGGGAAUAUUAGGGCGAGCAAUUCAAGGCCUGGACAUGAGCGUGAGUGGGAUGGAGGCAGCCAGCAAAAACAUGGCCUUUCUACGACGCAUGAGCGAGGAAGAGGGCUGGCUCGGUCGGCUGAAGCUAUACGCCAUGAUCUUUGGAAUGUGGGUUGUGGCAUUCCUGCUGGUCUUUGUGUGUCCGAAACUCAGGUUCUGA